GCACUGCUGGUGCUGACGUAACCUGACGCACAAAGACAGAGGAUCCGCCUCCAAACUCGACUCACUCGGCAACCAAGUCAGUGCUCAGUGCUGUGCGCACGGAGCCCCGUCCCCGCUAUUGUCGUUUCUGCUCUGCUGUUUCUCUGUCAUCCCCUUCCCUCCAUCACUUCCUCCUACAUUAUAAUAGUUUCACUGUGACUGCCUGCGGUCGGCUAACAAGGAAGCGUGGGGAGCGUGGCUCUUCACUUUCGUAGAGAGGGCGUAUGGCGGACAGUCAUUAUUCAGAAAACAACAGCCAAAGCAUAUUAAUCCAAAACAAGCAACCGGGACGAGGAGAAAUUCGAACUGCAAAAUGGCAACAACCACUUAUUCUGGAUUAUGGUCGUGACAUGUUAUGAACUCUUCGCAAAGUUUUAAUGUCAUGCAUAUUUACUUUGUUUUUAGCGCACCAUAAAGACAGCUUUCCAAACCGCUAUUUUGUAUCGCUGUCAGUUACUUUUAUUAAUUGAAAUUUGAAUCACUGUCCUGGACUGCGUGGUCGUGUACUUGUCCUUUGCGUUUUAAAUGUGGCACACUCACUGACCGCCGCCGUGCUGCACGAGUCCUUUAAUAAUUCAGGGUAAAUCUGUGGACGUGAGUUGGCACCAGCGACCGACAUGGGGGCUAAGCAGAGCAGCCCAGCCGCUAACGGACGGACCAGGGCUUACUCGGGUUCGGAUCUACCUUCUAGCACCUCUACUACCAGCAAUGGGAACGGUAGGACUGCAGCCAUGGCAAUGAGCUAUCACUCCUACGGCCAGUCGGCUCACGGGGCCUCGGGAACCACAGUGACCUCCAGUCAACACAUUGGCCCCAGGACGAGGUCCGUGGGAGGCAGUUCUGGAGGGUCAGGGCCAAGACCCCAGUCAGGCAUCAACAUCCCCAACAGCAGUGGAGCCUACAGCUCGCAGGAGUCUGGCAGCAGCACCCCGGAGGAGGCCGAGAGGGACAGGUCCAGCGGGGGGCAAGGGGGUCCCCGGUUGUUGAUUGGAUCAUUACCAGCACACCUAUCGCCUCACCUUUUUGGAGGCUUCAUGUGUCCUGUCUGCUCCAAGUUCGUCUCCACGGAUGAGAUAGAUCUACACAUCGUCAUGUGCUUGACCAAACCCAGAGUGACGUAUAACGAGGAUGUCCUGAGUAAGGAUGCAGGGGAAUGUGCAAUCUGCCUAGAGGAGCUGGUACAGGGGGACACCAUUGCUCGCCUGCCCUGUCUCUGCAUAUACCACAAAGGCUGUAUUGAUGAGUGGUUUGAGGUAAACAGAUCGUGUCCAGAACAUCCCUCAGACUAAAGGGCCUCGCUACUUUUCUCCACAGGUUUCUUACUCCCUCGAUAAGAAGAGUGAUCUGCUCCAAUAACAACAGUCCUCAAUGUGAAUCCCCUCCCUUUCCCCGUCGACCAAGGAGACUUCUGGACAGACACACUGUGACUCUGUGGCCAGUACAGAACUUACCCCUGACCCUACCCCUCUACCCCCACCACCUCCAGUACGUCUCAACAGCCCUCAACACACUUCACCCUGACCCUACCCCUCUACCCCCACCACCUCCAGUACCUCUCAACAGCCCUCAACACACCUCACCCUGACCCUACCCCUCUACCCCCACCACCUCCAGUACCUCUCAACAGCCCUCAACCCACCUCACCCUGACCCUACCCCUCUACCCCCACCACCUCCAGUACCUCUCAACAGCCCUCAACACACCUCACCCUGACCCUACCCCUCUACUCCCACCACCUCCAGUACCUCUCAACAGCCCUCAACACACCUCACCCUGACCCUACCCCUCUACCCCCACCACCUCCAGUACCUCUCAACAGCCCUCAACACACCUCACCCUGACCCUACCCCUCUACCCCCAUCACCUCCAGUACGUCUCAACAGCCCUCAACACACCUCAACUCAAACCAGUCAAGUACCGCAGUGUGCCAAAACUCAUUAAAAGCAAUUUUCAGGGAAACUACAUUUAAUGCUGAUCUAUCUAUUUAUCUCCACACACACACACAAUCUGCUCCAAGACCAGACAGACACAGACACACAAAUACACACUCACAAACACAACCAACCUCUGCUUUGUCCUCAAAGAGACAGACAGACAGACAGACAGACAGACAGACAGACAGACAGACAGACAGACAGACAGACAGACAGACAGACAGACAUGCUUAUCCGCCAGCCUGAUGUUGAGGGGAAGACACAACACCUCUUUUGCACAACUAUCCAAUCAGGAAAAGCUGUUGCUCUCAACACGCCCUCUCACUCUCUGCUGGAUCAAUGGAACGGCUGUAUAUGCCACCCACAGACGUUUUGCAUUCCAUCCCAUUUGCCGUGCCUCAGUGAUUCAGCUGCUGUGAUUGGCUGAGCUCCAGGGCUACUGUGACUUGGAAUUCCCUCCUCCUGUGUUAUUGGACAGCAGAUUCAGGUCUCCUCCCAUCUGUUUGGUCUGAGUGAUUGUACACCUGGACAUUUCGGGGAGCAAGCUGAGGGGAGAAGGGGCAAGGGGAAGUCAGUCCUCAUACCCCUCUCCCACUCUUUCCCCAUCCUCACCAACUGUGUCUACCAGUGCCUUCACCUUCAGAUCCUAAUGGCCUACCAGGGCAAAGUCAGGACAACAGAACAGUGUGAUUGGUGGGUGGGGGACAGAGGACAGGAGGUCAGGUAUCAGUCUAUACUAAAUCCUCCCUCCCUAACCCUUCCCCCUGUUUGUUGUUGACUGGAUGACGACAGACGGAGAGAGACCCAGCAGAGAGUCAGACUCAGCUGAAUGUGAAACUCUUCUUAACUCUAACCUUUACUCCACUGGGACAUGACUGGAACUGGAACUGGCCCUGGCUGCUAGCCACACUGAAAUUAGAAGUGCCCUGCUAUAUGCUGUCCUGCUCUCUCUUUCUCACUCUCUCCUUUCCCCUGACUAGCUAUCUAACUCACAACCUUCAAUGCCUCUGUGGUAGCAACAAGACGUGAACUGGACUGUGCUACCAGAAGCGUGUGGCUCGGCUAGUGGCAACUACAACUCCCAGCAGGCACUUCUCUGGAGUGAGAACGUUAAUUAGUUUUUGUAGCAGCAAUAGCUGUCUGACUGGGAGAUGAGGCCCUCUGUGCUUAGCCUGAAUCCGCAGCUGAAUUACUGUGUUUCACAAUUGUUUUACUGUACAUCUUCAGUUUGGCAAUUGUAAAGAGGAGCAAUUCAGUUGGGAUCCAGGCUACAAUGUGCUGACCCCAGAUCAGAUAUCCCCCUCCCCCAGGGGCCAGGUGACAUUAUGUGGUGUAUAUACUCUAGCCUUCUACAGGGUUCACACACCCAUCCUCUUCUCUCUCUCACUCACUCACUUUGACUUUUAAUCGUUAUUUAUCAUUAUGAGACUUAGCAGUUAUUAUUAUGCAAAUUAUUUUAUUUUAAGUGUGCCGGUUUUGACAUAAUGGUGUAAUUGCAUAUCUGUGUAUGUAUGUGUGAGUUAUCGUGAAACUAAGUCAGGCCUUAAUGCAAGAGAAUGACAUGAAUAACUAUGUCUUCUAUUCAUGUUUGUCCAUUUCAGUGCUGUUUCAAAUAGCUGCCUGAGCUAGCACACUUUUUACCCAAUCAUAAUCAUCUACCAAUCAACCUAUCACAGUAGAGGUGAGAGGGCGGGGCAGGAGGUAGGCGAUUGAUGGAGCUCCAUGCCAAAGCCAAUCAGAAUAAGGGGAAGACUGAUGUCUUCAAAAAAGUUAUCAUUAGAAUGUUGGAUCCCCUGAAACUUUGUCAGCGUGUUUGAAGGUUAUACACAUUUCUUAUCUAAUACAUUUCAGCUUCCAGCAACCCUGUGUUGUAAUAUUUAAACAAGGCCUUGAUGUUGUUCUCUUUAAUGUUUUGAGAGCUUUCCCAGGAUGCGCUGCUAAUUAGUAUACUAGACCUCCAUCUUCACCAUUGGGUUGCGAAUAAGGGCAGAGUAAGAAACUGAUAGACAAAUUCAAUGAAUAAGACAAAAGGAUUUAUUGGCUAUGCUUUUCACAAUCAUUGUGGAGGAUUUUCAAUCUCCACAGUUUAGAGAUUUUAGAUUAUAGGAUAUUAUUAUGACAUAUCUAGGAAUAAGAUCAAUAGUGUUUAUAUUGGUUGCCCAAUUCAAACUUGUAACGACCAGUCAGACAAAUUAACAAAGAGCAUUAAUAGGGGAUCUGGGUAUUAUGGUAUGGAUAUACUAAAUAUAGUGUUACCAUGGCUACUGGGUCAGUUACACCAUAUUAACUGUGGUUUCUCCAAAAGAGCCCUCAUCAUGCCUCUAAAACAUGCUGCUAACAAUUUAUUUUUCAAGAAGUACAGCGAGGCAUAAAGCACUUUGGAAUUGGGACAAUAAAAAUACCACACCCAAAUGGACUGUUUCCCCAUUUGUCAUCAUGUACUAUAGCUAAUAAAGUUUCAUCUAAAUCCAGAUGGAAGUUUCUCCUCAUUGCACAUCAGUGAGGGAGAAACUAGAAUGUCUGGUCUGAAACUAGAAUGUCUAGUCUAACUGCAUGGUUUGUCCCAUGGCUACUGUACUGUAAAUGUAUUGAAAUGUUGUCGAAUGGCUCACGAUUGUGAAGCAUACAACUGUAUGUGUACAAUAUGCCCUUAUUGUCAUAGGUAUGUGUGUAGCACGAGGAUCCUCCCUAGCUAGCCUACCAGAACAGCCUUAUAUGAGCUACUGUAGCUAGAAUCAGUUUUAAAUCACAUUUGCCCCCCAUUUCAGUUUUGUCAGUCUUUUAUUUUGGAUAUUUGAGUUUCUUUGGGGGGCGAGUGGGGAGGCAGCCUAGCACCUAAACUGAUUUCGUUAUGUUUUACUGUAGAUAAUAUUGGUUUGGAUGUCAGGCCAGUGGUAAAGGAGGGGGGUUAAAUGGUAAUUUUGUGUAAAUGUUUUGGUUUUGCUGCUUAUGCUACAGUUGCCAAUUUGAGCCCAUAUCAAUCCAAUUGGAUCGAUGUCUAUCCAAAUCUACCGUGUUGAAAAGCUCCAUAUGGAUGGACUUGUGAGGAUGCAGUGUUGAAAACAGUCAACAUACAUGAAUGUGGGAUGUGUUAGAGAACACACAUGUCAUCAGGUAGCUAUACUUGAUGUUCCGUUCAUGAUACUAUAAUAUACCAUGACAGCGAACAUACUGUAGAUGAUUAUUAGUUGGGGAUGAGCUUGCUUGAAUGAAUGUGGAGGUGUAGUAGGGCAUUCAUGUAAUAGUUGAGAGGUGAAGGAAACUAUUUUUAUUUGGGUAAUACCUCCCAAGGUACUUCAGAGACAGGCCAACAGUACAUAACUAGAAAUGUUAUUUUAGAAACUUUUUAGACAUACAGUAUGUUAUAACAUUCCAUUUAUGUAAAAAUAUGUACAGAAUUUGAAAUUAAAAUAGCAACAUUUUUGGA